UGGCCCCCCGCCAAGUCCCUCCCCCCGCCCCCCACGGCUACCCCCUGUGGCGGACUCUCAGCCACGAUGGCCUCCGUGGUGGUGAAGACCAUCUGGCAGAGCAAGGAGAUCCACGAGGCGGGAGACCCCCCGGCCGGAGCCGAGACCCAGGCCCAGCUCGGCAAGGAGUCCCCCGGGGGGGCCGCUGGAGCCGGGAAGGGGAUCCAGAAGAAGAAGAAGGCCGUGUCCUUCCAUGGGGUGGAACCCCGGAUGUCCCAUGAGCCCAUGCAAUGGUGUCUGAACCUGAAGCGCUCAUCCGCCUGCACCAACGUCUCCCUGCUCAACCUGGCCUCCAUGGACCUGCCCCCCGACCCCACCGACUCCUUCCUCGACAGCGGGGCCCCGGCCUGGGGGCCCCACGACCCCGAUAUCAACGACCUGCUGAACGGGGUGAACAGCGGCCUAGUCCGAGCCAAGGACUCCAUCACCAGCCUCAAGGAGAAGACCACUCGGGUCAACCACCACAUCCAGUGUCUGCAGAGCGAGUGUUCCCUUCUCAGCGAGAACCUGGAGCGGAGGCGACAGGAGGCCGAAGAGCUGGAGGGCUACUGCUGCAAGCUCAAGGAGAACUGUCAGAUGGUGACCCAGACCGUGGAGGAUGCAGAGAUGAAGACCAACGUCCUAAAGCAGAACUCAACCCUGCUGGUGGAGAAGCUUCGGUUCCUAAAGCAGCAGAUCCAGGACGAGGCCCCAACGCAGCCGGAGGCCCAGCCGGAGGCCCAGCCGGAAGACCAGCCGGAGGGGCUGGGGACGACGCCGACGUCCCUCUCCUUCGACCCCGCUCCGGCCCCGGCCUCGACCCAGACCCCCGCCAGCCCCCAGGAACCACCCCAGAGCGGGGAGGGUCCCGGCGGCGAACAACAGCAGCUGCAGAAGAUCUCGGCUGAGCUGGAAGAAUUGAGGCGUGAGGUGUCGGCCUUGGCCCGCCGGUGUCCGGCGGAGGAAGGGCCAGGGCAGGAGGCAGUGCGGCGGCUGGACGGGCUCGACGGCAAGCUGGAUGGCUUCCUGGCCCAGUGGGAGAGGGCCCAGAGGGAGCAGAACCAGGCGGCCCGAAGCCUGCAGGAACUCCGGACCCGCGCCGAGGAGCUCUGCACCAUGGUGGAGCGCUCCGUCCUGUCCCUGUCGUCCUUGCGCUCAGAGCUGGAGGGUCUGGGCCACGUGAAGCCGGUCCUGGAGGAGCUGGGCCGGCAGCUGGCCAUCCACCGAGGGCCUCCCGAGCCCCCCGAGAGACCCCCGCACAUCUCCUGCACCCGCUGUGGGAGCCAGGGGCAGCAGCUGGGCCCCGAGUCGCUGCAGGCCAUGCUGGAGCGGGCCCUGGCCCCGUUGCUCGACGAGGUCCGCCAGAAGGGCCUCCCGCCCGCCUGCCCCAGCUGCCAGCGCCUGCACAAAAAGAUCCUGGAGCUGGAGCGGCAGGCCCUGGCUAAGCACGUGCGGGCGGAGGCCCUCAGCUCCACGCUGCGCCUGGCCCAGGACGAGGCGCUCCGGGCCAAGAACCUGCUGCUCACCGACAAGAUGAAGCCUGAGGAGAAGAUUGCGGCACUGGACUACCUCCAUCUGAAGAUGUGUUCGCUCCAUGAGCAGUUGAGCAGCCUCCCCCUGGAGGGACUGACCGGAGGCCAGGGGGGCGGCAGUAGCGGGGGGCCCCCACUCAAGCGCGGGGGCUCAAAUACUGAUCAAUAAACGGGCUGCCCCCAGUCCAGCCGGCUGCC